AUGUGUCCGAUACAUUUAAUCUAUUUGCUUCUUUUUAUACAUCAGUACAAUCGUUCGUUAGUGUUACAACUGAUUUUUAACGUAUUGGCUGCCGCUGAACAACGAUCGCUUUUUCAACGUAAUUUACAUGGUCUAUUUAAUAUUUGUGGGUCAUUUAUGUUACGUGAUGCUGGUAUGUUUGAUAAUAGUAGACAUGAAAGCAUCAUUGCACCAUUGUAUGGACAUAGUAUUGUUCAUGAAGCGAAACAAAUUGCUAAGAGACGUGAUUUUGAUUCGACACUUGUGAAAAUGAUACAUAUGAUUAUCAAAAUCAAACUAGAAGCUAUGUUAAUGGCACGAGCUAUUUGGUUGAUAUUCUUCAUUUUGAUGGCGAUUCAUUGUUCGCACGGUGGAUGUCCACGAGCUACAUUUGAAGUUUUAAAUAAUACAAUAAAAGUACCGUAUAAUUUUAUUGAAUCAUCUGUUGGUAAUAUUGGAUCAUUGGAAACGUGCCCCUAUACUGGCCGGCCAUAUGUAUAUUUGCCAUGUUAUCAGAAUUCAUCGUGGGGUGAUGAACCUUAUUUUAGUCCCUGUUUAAAACCGCCUGAUAAGAAAGAACAAACUACCAUGUCAAGUAUUCUUUUACCAUCAUCAUCAUCAUCACCGUCUAUUGCUCAUCCAUAUUUUAAUAUCUCUAUUGAAGAACUUGCAAGAUUACCUAUGAAUAGUUAUAAUGAUUUUGCUAAUGUAUUAUCUGAUUUAAACCACGAAUCAGCUCAUUUUAAAUCAAGAUCAAAUAUAUCUUCUGUUGCCAAUAUCAUUGAUAGUCUAAAGACAAAUAAUCCAAAUAUGAACAAUCAGAUCUAUGCUAAUAUUUAUUCAGUGGUUGAUAAACUAUUAUCAUCGGAAUCUAUAUUGAAAUUACAAGAAGUAAAAACAUCAAAUCGAAGCAUUGUAAAGCUAUUAUCAUCAUUAGAAAGAUUCACUCAAAAUUUAAAGUCAGAUAGAUUAGAACAAAAUUUUAUUGAAACUAAUCUAGCUGUAUCCAUUGUUGAUAUGCCAAAUAAUCGCACGAAACCAAUCAUUGGCUUCGCAUUCGAUUCAAUCAAAAAUCAAACUUAUCCGAUUGAAUCGAAUGAUAGACAGAAAAAUUUAACGGUUGUUCUGCUGGAUUCUCAAGCACUUUCUCAACAAAAUCGUUUAACAUUUUCUGUCUACAAUCAACUAAGUGGCCUAUUUGAUGAAAAACAAUAUCGAGUAUUAACACGAAUUAUUUCCUUGACAAUUGAUAAACCAGAAUUAACGAAAAAUCUCGGGCCGUUUGUAAAACUGAAUUUUUAUCUUGAAAAGAAUUAUGAAAAAGAAUAUGGCAAUUUAACAUGUGCUUAUUGGCAUAUAUUUGAUAAUAUGACGGCUCAAUGGUCAACUGAUGGAUGUUAUUUGAUUGGUGUUAUCGAUCGAAAUGUAAUGUGUGAAUGUAAUCAUUUAACUCAUUUCGCAGUUUUAAUGGAUAUCGAACAAAAGCCAACUUCGAAGUCUAUUGAGCAAGUGCUUUCGAUUAUAACCCUAGCUGGUUUAUUUCUAUCGUCUAUUGGUUUAUGUCUAACAAUUUUAACAUUCAUUUUUUUCGCAAAAUUACGUCGCCAUUUUAGUCAAAAAUCUCUUCUUUUAUUAUCGAUUAAUUUACUUUUUGUUAAUAUACUAUUUUCAAUUAUCGGCUUAUGUAGAUUAACGCAUUUAUCAUGUAUUAUUAUAGCUAGCGCAUUACACUAUUUUAUUUUAUCGUCAUUCAGUUGGAUGUUCAUUAUGGCUAUAAUACAAUAUUUACUUUUUGUUAAAGUUUUCCCUCGGACAAUUUCAGCCUUUACACGAAAAGCUGCAGCAUUCGCUCAAGUGGUUCCAUCGAUUCCUGUCAUUGCUGUUUUGGCUGUGGAUCCGUCUCACUAUACGAGACGAAGUGAUGGACUCUGUUGGCUAUCAGAUUUACCAUUUUAUUUAUCAUUCAUAUUACCGAUUGUUUUGUAUAUAUUGAUAAAUAGUCUCGUUUUUUCGAUUGUUGCCCAUUCACUUCUCUGUGGAACAACAGGUCAACAAUUGCGUAGUACACAAAUGGCUGAAUCCCAGCGGGUGUCACGAUUUUUAGUUGCCUUAAGUUGCUUUGUUGUGCUCGGUCUCACUUGGAUAUUUGGUUUACUUGCUAUUGGACCAAUGCGAGAUUUAUUUCAAAUUCUUUUUUGUACAUUUGCUACAUUAACAGGAUUUUUCAUUUUUCUUCUCUAUAUUAUAACAUCCAAGGCAAAACGAAAAUGUUGGAAUAAUGCAUUUAAAACACUUGGCAUAUCCUCGAUCUAUUCUCCGACACUAUCAACAUCGUCUGGUUUGAAUGGCACUAAAGAAUUUUCAACGUCAUCGACCAACGAUCAACAAAAAGUUCCAUCACGCUUGGCGCAAUUUCCAUCUCAACCCCAACAUUUUAUUGAUGCAUACAUGCCAUCAUCGCCGCCAGCGCCGGCUCCGCCAUUACCUUUACCACCCUCUUUUCUAAUCGAAGGCGAUGAUCCAUUGAAUACAACAUCAUUAACAAAUGACUUUUAUGAACCGAAACAUCUUCGUAUACCACAAACGAAUUAUGGCUACGAAUCCAAUCCACCAACAACAUCAUUGGACGAUUAUUCUCUGUUCUAUGCUGCGUAUCAUGAUGGCACAAAACUUUGA